AUGGGUACCCCUACGGCUUACAACACCAAUCUAUGGUCUCUACCAGGCAUUUGGCUCACCGACGACGAGCGGCGGGAGGACUCCGAACUGUCCUACCUGCUAGCUUCUGGCAUGGCCUCAGAAAUCGCCUCAAAGCUCCCUCGCAACUUAUAUCGUGUACACCAAGUCGACAAAGUCUUUUUGUUUCCCAAUCUCGACAACACGGAUGACAAAAUAAACUUAAACUGCAAACUUCUUCUCGUAUCCUUUAGAACAAAGAGAAUUAUGUUCAUAGACCGAAAGUGCCAAUGCGUAUUUCAAAGACGAAUGGCCCACCUUAACCCUCCCGUGUAA